UAAUGGAUGAAUAUGCACUAUUCUCUAUGAAGAGUGGACCUUUUGAGGAUUUAACUUGUAUUGAAAGGAUGCAUUCUAUGGAUCCUAAGAGUUGGUGGGCAAACUUUGGAGCUCAAACUCCUCUCCUCCAAUCUUUGGCAUUUAAAGUGCUUGGGCAACCUACUUCAUCAUCUUGUAGUGAGAGAAAUUGGAGUACAUAUUCCUUCAUUCACUCACUUAGGAGGAACAAGCUAAAUCCAAGUCGUGCACAAGAUUUGGUUUUCAUCCACAACAAUCUUCGCCUUUUAUCAAGGAAUUCCGAAGAGUAUUGGGAGCUUUACACUAAGAUGUGGGAUAUUGGUGGAGAUGCAUUUGAUUCAUUGGAGGAUGUUGGGUUUCUAGAGUUUGCGGAACUCUCACUAGAUGAGCCGGAUUUAGAAAAUGAGUUGCUUCUUGAAGAUUGAUGUGUUGCGAUGUUGCCUUAUCUAAGCUUUAUCUAGUUUAAGACAUUAAAUUUAGUUGUUGUUUUAUGUUAUUUUUAACUUUGAACUAUUUAUGUAUGAAUGUUUAAUUUAGUUAAUUUUUUUUUUUGCCGAAUCCAUGCCGUACCCGUUUUUUGCAAUUUUAAUUUUGCCGUUUUCCGUCCCCGUACCCAUCCCCGUACCCGUACCCGUUUCCGUGCAACCUAGGGGCAGGGUGUAGGGCGUUUGUCAAAGAGUCGGGGGGAAGUUGCCUGGUGAAUCAGCGUUAGGCUAGGGGAUGGGAGGGGGUGUUAGGAUGGGUGGUUAUGGUGAGGGGAGGGUUUGAGUUUUUUUUUUCAUUUUAAAAUAAAUUUUUUGUAAUUAAAAGAUCGGUUUUUAUUUAAAAAAUAAAUUUAAAAUGUAAUAAGGUCAAAGAAAAUACAAAAAAUAAAGUAAAGGGUUACCAAAUAGUGGAAAGAUAAAAGUUGUCUAC